AUGUCCACCCCCUCAUCCUCCGUCCGAGGCCCGGGCCCGGGCCCGGGCUCUCAGAUCACCGCCUCAGUGGUCAAGUUUCGGUGCAUGUAUACAUAUGACCUACGCCGCAAAUCAAAACGGUGGCGAGAUGGCUACCUCAAAUACCAUGCCUUCAAUAAGCGAGUCAUGGUCUAUGACGAACUGGGAAAUUAUAUCGGUGAUCACCACUGGCGGUCGGCCGAGGAGGUGCAGGAUGGCGAUGAGCUUGAGCUCGAUAAGGGUGUGCUGAUCGAGGUCGGGGAGCGCAUCAGUACCACACAGACCGACCUGUCGAACCUCUUCGAGAAACGAAACCAGACCUCACCCCAGUCCAGAGAUAACCACACCAGCCUCGACACUCCGACCCAACGUUCCUCCGCCUCCAUCUCUACCCCCACGAACGCGCACACCCACACACCAACGCACACUCACACCCCGACGCACACGCCUACCCCUGUUCGAUCGCAAGCAUCGUUGAAUCCGUUUCGCUCCUUGAACGACCUCCUUGGGAUCAGAAAGACACCCGUUGGACAUUUGGUGUCACCCUAUGAAGAACGCCACAAGCCUUCAGCGCCAGCGCCGGUGGCACCAGUACCGGAACGUGCGCCUAAGCGAGCAAAGACAUCGACAGAGAGGAUGACAAGCAUUGCGCAAUCGGACGUGGUGGAUCUGACAGGGCCUGAAAAUGGACCCCUGCUUCAGCGUGCGCCUGCUCGGGAAACACUCCCACAAAGGGAAUCGAGGCCGACUAUGCCACCACCGGAGAGAACAAAACCUACUGCCCCUGCAAGGCUACCGAGAUCUGAUCCUCCAGCAACGAAACCCAUCCAACCACCUCCCACGAGGCCUACGCCAAAUCGCCCCGAUCCAAGUCAUGCAGUCCAACAUAAAAAUCCCGAGCAGCCUGCGGCGCAAACCCAACACAAGGACGCGUCGCCAGCUACCCCAGAAGAUACUCACUUUGAGAAACCGACUGCGCCUCGUAUGACUAUGCAAAAGCCCCGCAACAAAUUUAUGUACAGUACCAUUCAGCAACAACAACCUCCUUCAGCGCCAACGCCAAGAAUAUCCGCAGAGAAACAAAGUCGGCAAACUAUGAUAAAACCCACGGAAUCAAGUCGAGCUUUAAGUGGAAGAGAAAUAGAGUCGACGUACGCAGAAUUUUUACCCUCGGACACCACGCAGGCCGCUCUCGAAGAUAUUGCCGCUCCUUCGGGCUUUGAAAACGGCCGGAGUCGAAAUCAAAGGCCGGGAAAUUUACCCGCAAAGCGUUCACUCGAUGCACCACUUCGCAAGUCACUUUCUGAUCCAACCGCUCUGAAUGAUAAACCUAGUAUUCGGUCAGGACCAACUCUUAUGCGGAAUGCCAUGAGUGCCGUUCCGGAGGAGCCCGAGGUCCGCGAGCAAGGGCCCUGGACCGCGGAGGCGUUGGAUUUAUUCGACUUUUGGCCUCCUGGCCGACCGAAGCCUGUUUGA